AUGAAAAUCGAUCAAGAUUUGACACAACCGUCAAAAAUGAAUGUAAGCACAUGCAACCGCAAGAUUGUUGUCAUUGGCGAGCAAAAUGUAGGAAAGACAUGCAUUUUGCAGAGACUCAUUGAUAACACAUUCAAUCCAAACACACCACCAACAAUUUCUAAUAGCACAUCGAAAUUCUCUUGCACUCUUUCGAAUGGCAAAGAAGUUACCCUUACAAUUUGGGAUACAGCUGGUCAAGAAAAGUAUAGAUCACUUACUAAUGUUUAUUUCCGUGAUUCUCAAGCUGCCGUCAUCGUUUUUGACGCUUCUAAUAAAAAUCCAAAGCCAGAAAUCCAGCAAUGGGUUGACAGUUACAGAAAUGUUGUCGGACCUAAAUGUUAUAUUAUUGUUGCGGCAAAUAAAUCAGAUCUUAUUCCUGACAAACAAGGUUUUCGCUCACGUUUACAUGACUUAGAAGAAGAGCUCAAAGAUAUUCCUGUUAAUAUCGUUUCUGCUAAAGAUGGUGAAGGUAUUCAGGAAUUAUUUGAACAUGUUGCCUAUAAAGUUAGCGAAAUCGUACAAGAAGCACCUGUAAUCGAAUUUUCAGAACAAAAGAAGGGAUGCUGCUAA